AUGAUCACUUCCCAGCUCAACGGAAAGGAAGGAGAUGGCAAAGUAGACAAGGGAGAUGACCAUUCUGGAAAAAAGGAUGCCCAGAUGUCUGUCUGUCCCUGCUAUCAUCCAGAUGUCCCCCCACUCACAUCACUACACGCGCCAACCAACGCUCUCAACACAAGAAACACUCCGAAAUUCGGACUAAACGAGGCGGCCACAUUUCCCAAGAAAGCGAGAAUUGCGGUCGAGACGAUCACCGGUUUCCGGCCAUAUCUAUCAGCUAGCAUCGACAUGAAUGGGACGGCGACGAUGGCCGCAAUUGUGAAGAUGAAAAUGCACCCGGACCAGAAAAAAACGUUCAAAGAGAAAAAUGAGAUUCGCAACAAAUUGUUCAAGUCAACAAAUGCAGAAAGACAGGAUUGGCGGAAAACGCCACCCUUCACGAUUUCCAUCGCCGUGCCCGGACAAUUCCUGAAUAAUGCUCAAUCCAGUGAACUCCGCACUUAUAUGGCCGGACAAAUCGCUCGCGCCGCCACACUUUAUCGAGUCGACGAGAUUAUCAUCUAUGAUGAGUCGUGUCGAAUGACUGAUGAAGCCGUCAAUGCCUACUACAAUGGAACGUGGCAAGGAAACCUGCUCCCAGCUGAAAACAACUACGAAGGAUGCUUCUACCUCGCUAAAAUUCUCGAAUAUCUCGAAUGCCCGCAAUACCUUCGGAAAGAUCUCUUUCCAAUCCAAAAACCACUAAAAUACGCGGGUCUUCUGAAUCCACUCGACGCUCAACAUCAUCUGAAGUAUGAUGAGAAGACAUUCCGAUUCCGUGAGGGUGUCGUGUUGAAGAAACGAUCGAAAGAGGGACGUGGACCGAUUUGUAGUAUUGGAUUGGAUAAAGAGUUCGAGAUUGAUUCGGAUGCUGUCUCUCUGCCACCGUAUACUCGGGUUACUGUAGAGAUUAAGAAUUUGACAGAGCAAUGCAAAUUGUAUCGUGGAAGUAUAACGAAUGGAGCUGCGGUGACACGAGAAACCGGACAGUAUUGGGGAUAUUCAGUGAGAUUGUUGACUGGAUUGCAGAAGGUUUUGGAAGGAAAGAAGUUCGACAUGGUCGCCGGUGUGUCUCCACGUGGAAAGCUUGCCACUGAGAUGGACGUUUGUAUUCUGAAUAAACCUAAAAUCCUGCUCGUGUUCGGAGGUGUCGCCGGUGUGGACGCCGCCGUGGAAUCUGAAGAACUGGCCGAAUGGCGUCGUGCUGAGGACGCAUUCGAUAUGCUCAUCAGAACUACGUCACUGCCAAAUGGAUCACGCAGUGAGAGAGUCGAAGAGAAUGUUUUGUCAGUGUUGGCACAGGUUCAAUGUCGUUUGGAGACUUUGAAUCAGUUGUGA